AUGGCCGAUUCGUUGAAUACGGUUGAUUUGGGAAAAUUCUAUGCUAAGAAUGCGGUACUGAGAUAUGGGAAUCGGGAGGAAGUUAAAGGAGUGGAGGAUAUCGUCCAGUUUUUCCAUAAAAUCUUUCCUCUGCUCAAGAGCAUGAAGCAUGAAACUGUUGAAAUUGACCGCACCGGAAAUAAGAUUUAUCAAUCAUGCUUUAUUACGUAUGUAGUUAAGAAUGAUCCAGAAGAGAAACAGAUCAAGAUACCGGCUUUUGGGAAGAUCUUUCUUGUAGAGGAAGGAGAGGAGGAAGGAAAAUUGGCGAGAUUUGAGGUGUUCUUAGAUCCUUCGGAGGUGUUUGAGAGGAUUGAAUUUAUUGGGAUGAUGGAGAGGGAGUGUGGUGUGAGUUGGGGGUUAAUGGUGCAAUCCAUAUCCAAGGCCAGAGUACCUUCCUUAUACUUCCGACUCGAUGGUGAUGCUGCUGCUGCAUCGAUUCACUUCACUCUGACCACCAAUUUUACCACUUUUGCUCUCUACUUCAUCUUCCCACUCCCCUCCACCUUUUUACAACAGUCGACACUUUUAUUCUCUCAAGCUUUACGGAUUACUUCUCUCAUGUUGUGUUGUCUUUUCCCUCCCCAAUAUCUCCCGUCCCUAGAUUAUCACCUCGAUGAAUAUUCCUUCACUUCAGCAACUUUGUUAUCGACUCUUCAACAACGCCACAGUUUUGGUUACUUAUCCAAAGUAACUUCCGAGUUUACACCAAUUCAACAAAUAAACCAUAUUAUGACGGCCUGUUUGGGAGAUUCGUAUGAACGGUUUUCUGUCUGUCUACCAACACUCCCCAUAUCCCCCGAUGCCAGCAAACAGAAAUAUCUCGAUGAAUAUAUGGAAGUUGGGAAGAAAGAUCGAGAAACCGGGGAACUUACAAGGUUCAUUGUGUCAAACGAUGAAGAGUUUGGAUUGGAAGUGACGGUGAAAGAAGGGUUCAAUUAUAGAUUCUACGAUGGUGUCAUGAUCGACUUGUAUGAUGUUCAUUCUGGAAUCAUGGUUUGGCAGAAGAAGUACCCCAAGUCUGAUGCUCAGGGAUCUAGCCAGAAGGACGAGAAGAUUUUGAUUGAGUCUAUCGACCAUGCUAUAGUUGAAGGACAAUUGAGGUCUAAAGCUCGGCUGAAAUUGGCGUCGCUGGUUCUAGAUGAUUUCAUCAAACCUGCAGCUAACGGCCCUCGUCGCUACCCACGGAGGUUAGAAGGACUCUGCAUUGGAGUGUCUAAGUAUAAGAGAGCCAGUGACAUUAAUUUGACUAAGGAUGAAUGGGACGAAAAGGUCCAGGCACACGAGUCGAAGUUAUCUACCAUUCAAAAUGAGCGCAACGAUUCGGUCGAUACUUUGAAAAGAACUGCCGUUCAUCGUAAGGUCUACCAGAAACAUAUGAUCACACAUAAAUUGAGAUUAGCAGACGGAGUCGUUGUGCCUGACGAAGAUAUAGAAAAAUAUUUAAUCCCUCCAUCGCAAACUAAGAAGCUUUUCAGAUAUAGCGAUACACAAAAUUUCUAUUACCUGUGGCGUGGAAAGAAGUUUUUCGAUACCACAGCUAUUGCGCAGACCCCUAUCGCUCCAAUCCGACAAUCGUGGGAUUUGUUAUCUUCCAAAGAACGAGAGAAGGCUUAUGGAGAGCUCUCGAAACAUGAUUUCCAACAAAUCUGGCUACAUCAUUACAAAGCACUUGGCCCGAAGCCCAAAAUAGCGGCGAUCGAUGCACUCAAGAGGGAACUUCGCAAGAACUUACCAGAUUACUGGCGUUCGUGGAAUAAACUGUACUCAUAUGAGAUACCGGCAGCAUUCAAGAAGCUACAGGAGAGACGCAGAUAUCUUGACAAAGGGGAGAUCCCCGAAGACUCAGAAGUUGUUGGCAAGACCAAGGUCGCUGCCAUCGAUCUGGAAAGCAAGCCUGAAAGAUUGGAGAAGCUUUCAGAGAACGUACGAGUUCCGUCUCUCACAAUGGGCCUUGCUGGCGCGUCUCGUGGGUCAGGGUCAGCAACAUUGAGACCUAAGCCUGCAGAGUUCAUGGUGCAUGAAUCAGAGCUUACCCUCCUACCGCAACCCAAUCAAACUGCUCAUCAGAUGAGCUCGGUAGCAGGUGGACUUGCACAGGUCCAACCCACAUUAGGAGAUGCAAUUUUCGGUCAUUCCUCUGCACUGACUGGUGGAUCAAUCGAAGAAAUCCCCGAAUGCACCGAACGUGCAUCUACAGAUCCUAGCCAUUCCGAGCUAUCUAGCUCAGCCACCACCUCACCUUCUGUAAUCAAGUCUGAGCUCACAUCACAGGCACCGAAGCGCCCUGCUGAAUUAAUAGAUUUGACUAGACGAAAACGACCGUCUCUGUUCAUGAAGCCAUCUUUGAAAUUCUACUCGAGACUCAAAUCAGAGCACACUUCUAAUCAAUCAAUUCUGGAAACAUCCACCACGGACUCCUUAUUACAAACCUCGGUAGACCUUGAAUCUCGGCCACUCGGAUCGGGAGCCACAACACCGGUUGAUUCUAUGGAUAUUGAUACUGCUCAAAAGGUUUCUGCAGCGGAUCUUUCAAUAUCAAACUCGUUGUUCCCGGAUUCUUCCAUUCCCACCCUACGUAAGAAUACCACUCCUUCAUCUCAAUCUGAAAUUCUCUCGACUUCGACAAAAAUCAAACGUGAGACAUCUCAACCCGUACUCAACGCAACCGCUGAGCCUGUUGAUAUGGCUGAAAUUCUUUCAGCAAUCCGCCCUUUGAAGUCCGAGCCAUCAAUUGAAAAUAACUCCAGCCCUAAUACACCCGUAAUCCUUCCUUCCGCAUCACAAUUUAUCCCGGUGUCGGCUGCCUCAAGAAUCAAAUCUGAAGAAUCUGAAAUUACAACUGAUCCAGUUACCCAACUGAAGUCCGACACUUCAUCUGAACCCGAACUGUCUCAUUUCUGA